AUGUGCAAGAAAGCCACCUGUGCGACCUGCCAAAAGGCUACCUGGUGGGGUUGCGGAAACCACGUGCCAUCUGUCUUGGAUAGUAUUCCCAAGGAGGAAUGGUGUCAGUGUGAACCUCAGGUGGAGAAGGAGGGCAAGAAGUACCCGCCAAUGGGCAAGAUUGAUUGA